UCUCUGGAUCGGGCCUGGUUCAAAUAGCAGUUACCCAGAAGAAAACCAACGGGCUUCAGCUUCAGCAAAAGGCCUCAGAAAAGCCCGCCAGUAUUUCCCGCCACCAACACCACAGAAACGCUUUCAUUUCACCGUUCUCACUUCUUAUACACACACACACACACACACACACGUUCUCACAGUUCAUACGCACUUCACAGACUCAGUUUUGCUGUAGAACCCUAUUUGCAGCAAUGGGUGAAAAUUUGGACGACCUCACUUCUAAACUCCCUGAGCUCAAAUUAGAUGCUAAGCAAGCGCAAGGGUUUCUAUCAUUUUUCAAAACCCUAUCCGAUGACCCAAGGGCCAUUCGAUUAUUUGAUCGUCGAGAUUAUUAUACAGCCCACGGUGAGAAUGCAACUUUCAUUGCCAAGACUUACUACCGCACUACUACUGCUCUGCGACAACUGGGUGGUGGAUCAAACUCUCUUUCCAGUGUAAGUGUCAGUAGGAACAUGUUUGAAACAAUUGCACGUGAUAUACUUUUGGAGAAAACAGACCAUACUCUUGAGCUAUAUGAAGGAAGUGGUUCUAAUUGGAGACUGGUCAAAAGUGGAACACCUGGUAAUAUUGGCAGUUUUGAAGAUGUUCUGUUUGCUAACAGUGAAAUGCAAGAUUCUCCAGUUGUUGUUGCAUUGUCACUUAACUCCCGUGAAAGUAGGUGCACUGUCGGGUUAGGAUUUGUUGAUAUAUCUAAAAGAGUACUUGGGAUGGCUGAAUUCCUUGAUGACAGUCACUUCACAAAUGUGGAGUCAGCAUUGGUUGCACUUGGUUGCAAAGAGUGCCUUUUGCCCAUGGAGUCUGGUAGAUCUGUUGAAAAUAGAAUGUUGUGUGAUGUGUUCACUAAAUGUGGUGUGAUGAUAACUGAAAGAAAGAAAUCUGAAUUUAAAACCAGGGACCUGGUACAGGAUCUGGGCAGACUUAUUAAAGGUUCAAUUGAACCAGUUCGAGAUUUAGUGUCUGGAUUUGAAUUUGCACCUGGUGCUUUGGGGGCAUUACUAUCUUAUGCAGAGUUACUUGCAGAUGAAAGCAAUUAUGAAAAUUAUACUCUUCGUACAUACAAUCUUGACAACUACAUGAGGUUAGAUUCUGCAGCCAUGAGAGCACUUAAUGUCCUGGAAAGCAAAACCGAUGCAAACAAAAAUUUCAGUUUGUUUGGUCUCAUGAAUAGGACCUGUACAGCUGGAAUGGGAAAACGGUUAUUGCACAACUGGCUAAAGCAGCCAUUAUUAGAUGUAAAAGAGAUUAAUGCAAGGCUGGAUGUAGUACAAGCAUUUUUAGAGGACACUGUGCUUCGCCAAGAUCUGAGGCAGCAUCUAAAAAGAAUAUCAGACAUUGAGCGAUUGAUGCAUAGUCUUCAAAAGGGAAGAGGUGGUCUGCAACAUAUUGUUAAACUUUAUCAGUCAAGUAUUCGACUUCCUUACAUUAAAAGUGCUUUGGAAAGAUAUGAUGGACAGUUUUCCACAAUGAUGAAGAGUAGGUUUUUGGAACCUCUUGAAUAUUGGACUGACGCUGAUCGCCUCAACAAAUUCACUGGGCUUGUAGAAGUGUCUGUUGACCUUGAUCAACUAGAGAACGGGGAAUACAUGAUUUCUCCAAGCUAUGACUCUACACUAACUAAACUAAAGGAGCAGCAAGAACUACUAGAGAGCCAAAUACAAAACUUGCAUAGACAAACUGCCAAUGAUCUUGAUCUGUCCAUAGAUAAGGCAUUAAAGUUAGACAAGGGCACACAAUUUGGUCAUGUUUUCAGAAUCACAAAGAAGGAAGAGCCAAAAAUAAGGAAGAAGCUCAACACCCAGUUUAUUGUACUGGAAACCCGUAAAGAUGGAGUGAAAUUUACCAACACAAAGCUCAAAAAAUUGGGGGACCAAUAUCAACAAAUUGUUGAGGAGUACAAAAAUUGUCAAAAACAGUUAGUUGGUAAAGUAAUUCAAACAGCAACAACUUUCUCUGAGGUAUUUGAAUCUUUAGCUGAAUUAAUUUCUGAAUUGGAUGUAUUACUUAGCUUUGCUGAUUUGGCUUCUAGUUGUCCUACUCCCUACACAAGGCCUGACAUCACUCCAUUGGAUGAAGGAGAUAUUAUUUUAGAGGGCUGCAGACACCCUUGUGUAGAGGCACAAGACUGGGUGAAUUUUAUACCAAAUGAUUGUAAGCUUAUUAGAGGAAAAAGUUGGUUUCAAAUAAUAACAGGGCCUAACAUGGGUGGGAAAUCAACAUUCAUCCGGCAGGUGGGUGUGAAUAUUUUGAUGGCUCAAAUUGGUUCCUUUGUUCCUUGUGACAAAGCCAGCAUAUCUGUUCGUGAUUGUAUUUUCGCCCGUGUUGGUGCAGGUGACUGCCAACUUCGUGGAGUUUCCACAUUUAUGCAAGAAAUGCUUGAAACUGCAUCAAUAUUAAAAGGAGCUACUGACAAGUCCUUGAUAAUCAUUGAUGAGUUGGGACGUGGGACAUCAACUUAUGAUGGAUUUGGUCUGGCUUGGGCCAUUUGUGAGCACAUUGUUCAAGUAAUCAAAGCACCUACUUUGUUUGCUACCCACUUUCAUGAACUGACUGCGUUAGCCCUUGAAAAUGUAAGCAAUGAUUCACAAAAGGAAAUUGUUGGUGUGGCAAACUAUCAUGUUAGUGCACAUAUUGAUGAAACAACUCGCAAGCUAACUAUGCUAUACAAGGUUGAACCUGGAGCUUGUGAUCAGAGUUUUGGUAUUCAUGUUGCUGAGUUUGCAAACUUCCCUGAAAGUGUUGUUGCCCUUGCCAGAGAAAAGGCAGCAGAAUUGGAAGAUUUUUCUCCUGCAAUAUCCUUAACUGAUGCCGCAAAGGAGGUGGGCUCUAAACGUAAGAGAGUAUCUGAACCUGUUGACAUGUCACAGGGGGCUGCAAGGGCUCGCCAAUUUCUUAAAGCAUUUUCUGAUUUGCCACUAGAAACCAUGGAUAAAACGCAAGCUUUGCAAGAAGUAAGGAAGUUAAGAGAUUCUUUGGAGAAGGAUGCAGAAAGCUGUCACUGGUUGCAAAAAUUGUUGUAGUUUUGAAAAGAAAAAAAAAAAAAGGUAGUCGGUACCCAAGCAUGUGAAUUUUGAUUAGCUUGCUGACAAUGGUAAACAGAACAGUGACACGGUGUUUUUUGCGCUUCUACGUAGAUUGUAGGGAAAAUUUAAGUUUCUUGCAUAGCAUCAUUGCCAGAAAUGAGAUGUAUAUUGUAAUCUAGCUUGCUUUUUUUUGUUAUUUGGAAAAAACGUUGAAGACCACAUGGGCAUGCUUCCUGUGAGUCUAUGGAUAAUAUAUUUAACAACAGUUAUUGAUAAGAUUAUCAAAGCAUUUUUCCAUAUUUGUCCC